AUGUCUCUCUUGUCUGCUCAAAAUUCUUCAGCUUCCAUAACCACCGUAGAGAUCAAGAAGAAGGAACCAUGGUUAAUCGUUGGCCUCAGCAAUCCCGGGAAGAACUACACCGGCACUCGCCACAAUGUGGGAUUUGAGAUGGUAGAAACUAUUGCUAAAGCAGAAGGGAUAUCAAUGAAGAACAACGCAUCUUUCAAAGCCGCUUUUGGAAAAGGUGUUAUAGGUGAUAGUAAUGUACCAGUCAUACUUGCAAAACCACAGACAUUUAUCAAUUUAAGUGGUCAAUCUGUUGGGGCCAUAGUUUCAUAUUACAAGAUUCCAGUGAAUCAAGUGCUCGUGAUCUUUGACGACAUGGAUUUGCCUUUUGCGAAAUUGCGCCUUCUACCAAAGGGUGGACAUGGAGGUCACAAUGGAAUGAAGAGUGUUAUUAAUCACUUUAAAGGGAAGAAUAUUGGUUUUCCUCGUUUAAGAAUUGGCAUCGGCCGUCCUCCAGGCAAAAUCGAUCCAGCAGCGUUUGUUCUUCGCUCGUUCACUGAAGAGGAAAGGGAAGAGUUGGAUUUUACCUUACAAGAUGGAUUAGAAUCUGUGCGGAUUCUUUUGCAGGAGGGGUUUGAUAAAAGUGCAACACUUGUUAAUAGUGCCAAAUAG